AGUCUGCAGUAUAUUAUUCCCAGGUUUCAGGAGGUUUUUGGAUGUCCCCUUGUUUUCUUUAGUUGAAGAUGAUCUAAGGACGAAGACCAUUUUUGGUGCUGAACACACAGAAGCUACUGCAUUUACUGUAGAGAUAUCAACCAGUCUAGAGCAUGACAAUUUUUUCUGCAGUGAGCUUCUGUAUUUUGUCAUUGUGAUGGGGUUCUUUCAUCCUUCAUAUCUUCAACUUCUAAAUCUUCUGUUUGCAGCUUUAUUGAAAGCUCAGGCCCAGAGAUCCUGCAAAGAGGAUCUGUUGUACUUUAGCCAGGUUCAAGGUGAUAAAGUGUCUAUUUCUUGCCUAACCACUACUCACCAGAUCGAGUCCCUUAGAGUAAAACUACUCCAAACCAACCUAAAUAAAGAUAUUUUAAGGUAUCCAAACAGCUCUUCACCAGCAGAACAUCAGAAAUGGUCUGUGAAGAUGGAUGCUGGGAAAGUGAUACUUGAUCUGAAAGACAUUCAUUUAUCAGAUGAAGGCCAUUAUGUUUGUGAGGUCUACAAGGAUUGGGACUGCCUUACAGUUACUAAAAUUAAUCUGCGGGUCAAAGAGUGUAAGGUCCUGAACUUGAUGCGUGUAAGGUCAAACUCUUCAGUGCGGCUACCAUGCUAUGAACAUCUUCAACAGCCCAGAGCUGAACAAGUCACUUGGGAAGUCAUUCAUGAUGUCCAGUCAACAGAUGUAAUACAAUAUUUAUGCAAGCAAUCAAACAUCAUAGAGAGAGCCCCCAGGCACCUGUGUGAGAGAGUGAGAAUAGAGAAUGGAUCUCUAGUUAUAAAUCCUGUGGUAAAAACUGAUGAUAGGUGGUAUCGGUGCAGGGUGAAUGAACAAACCUGCUAUGAGGUGAAGCUGGAGGUGAAAGAUUAUGAGACAUUUAGUUCCACCACAAUAUUGGACAUACUAUCCAAAACAUCUUUAACCACAGAUGUUCCAGCCUCAGCUGUCAGUACUCUUACCCAGAGUGAAGGCAACAGUAGCAAGAGUGCAGCCAUGACAACUAAUAUGAUAGUAGUGAUUGUUUCAUUAGUGUCUGUGUGUGUCCUCAUAUCCCUGAUGGGGUGUGUGGCUCUUUAUAUCAAAAAGCGAAGGCGCAAGAACACAAGCCAAACUGAAUUUAAUUGCCGGUAUUCAGUUUAUUAUUCCCAGGUUUCAGAAGCAGGGCUGGAUGUCCCAGUGUAUUCUUUAGUUGAAAAUAAUCCAGGACCAAUGACCACCUUUGCUGGUAAACAAACAGAAGCUACUGAAUGGAAUGGUGUCAAGCAGUCUAUAAAAAUAUAAACAUAUUGUGCAAUGAAUCCUUAAGUUUUCAAUGUUUUAAUUUCUUGUUAAAAGUAUGCUAUGGUUUUCCAUGUUAACAAUCAAAGUUUAUUGAUGUUUAUUUAUGUAUAUUAUUAUGUUUAUUAAUGUUAUUGCUUGGUCUUUUUUAACUCUUUUCAUGAGAAAUCAAGACAGGUUUCAUUUUAAGUCAGAUCAUUGCCUCUAUAUAAUUGUUCUUAUCACAAAGGAUUCUACUGAAACUAACGAAGAAAUGUUUAGGGAACGGUAUUUGGUAUAUUGCCAAAAACGAAUGAUAAUACUUUCCAGGCACUAUACAUAAACACUGAACCUUUUGUAAAUUACAAAAAGAAGUCAAAAUCCACACCGGAAUCACACACACACACACACACACACAGCCUACUGUAUCACUGAUACAUCCCAUUCGAUGGAAAAUUAUUAUUGCUUAUUGGCAGCUGUCAAUUGCCGAAACACAUAGCUGAAACUACCUUUAAAAGGAAAGUAUAUGGUUUGCCUUAUUCUAGUGGUGAAUAUUUCUGAUUUACUUUGUUACUGUUUCUAUGAAUAUGCUUUUUUGAUUGUCAAGCUCUGGUCAAAUAACAAUAACUUUGUUAUUUGAACAAAUAACUUUGUUAGAGUUAGAGUGCAAACAAUAACUUUGCACUCUGACCCCAGCUUAGCUGGGAUAUGUGAAAAAAAAGAAUUUCACUGUAUAUGUGCAAAUGUAUAAUGUGUGAUAAAUAAAUAAAAAAAUUAAUUAAAUUAAUUAAAAAUAAUAUUGGCCUCAAGGACUUGGAACACUAAGUAAAA